AUGACUCCCGGCUCUCUAAGAUACGGAAGAAUUACUCGUGACAGUGUGACCCAAUCAGAAGAAGUUGAAUGGCGGCAUUGGGGAUGUGUGACGCCCCAUAUUCUACAAGAGCUUGCAGCCGUCAUUGAAAAUGUUUCCGGGUUUUAUCAACUCACACGUGCCGACCAACAAAAAAUACGUACCGCUUUGGCAACCAGACGCGUUGCUGUCACAGAUAUUCCUGUCAGCGCUCGACCUAUCAUACCUCCACCGCCUGCAUUAGCUUCCACGCAGAAAUUGACCGUUGCCAACCCCAAGAAAAGAAAGGAGUCUAGUUCCAAUGUAACAACGACUACGAGUUCAUCUCAAAGGGCGGAAAUAGACGCAGGGGAAGAUGAACCAAUGGAAGAAGAAGUUCUAGACGAAUUGAUAGUCUCACUGAAUACCCAAGUGGUUGGGAUUCAGUACUACAAAGGACUCGUCGGACCUGGGGAAGAAGUAAUCCUAGUGCGGGAGCCAAGCAAUCGCUAUGACAGGAAUGCGAUCAGAGUAGACAACAUAGGCCAUACUCAAGUUGGUCAUCUAUCGCGUACUGUCGCCUCAAAACUCGCGCCACUCAUGGACAGUCGAGCAAUCACUGUCGAAGGUGUGAUUCAUGACGGAAAUUUGUCGGGCUUUCGUGGGUACAAUCUAGAGAUGUAUGCUGUAGUUCCCCUCGUUUUCCAUGCCCUUGAAUUCAUCCCUGAUAGAACCCUCAAAAUGUAUGGCCCCUCGGACAAAGUCGUGCAACUACAGCCUCGUUUAGUUUGGGCAACCCCGGGUCAACGAGGAUUUCGAACCACUCGAACAGCAGCGCAGCGGACUGGCAGUCGGACCCCAGCUCCGGCUCAUCCCCCUUCAGCCUCUAUCCAUACCCCUACAGCCUCAAGUUCUUCUCAGCGUCUUCCGACCGCUACUCAGCUUGAACAAUUAAAGAAACAACAAGAGGGUAUCAGAAGAGCUGCGGAACUGCGGGAUAUGCUUAAUACCAUGGAAAAAGUCAAUGACCAAAGCCGCCGCUCUUCCCUUCUUGACACCCUAUGCACCAACGAGGACAUACUGUCUUUGCCUGUGUAUGACAAAUCACCCGGUGUUGCUACCGGACAGCUGAAAGUCAAUCUUCUCAAGCACCAGAAACAAGCCAUUAAAUGGUGUCUAGAGCACGAGUAUCCCGCACUACCGAAGAAGGAAGGUGAUAGACCCGUCCAGUUCUGGCAACUCAGAAGGAAUGGAACCAAGACUUUCUACAUGAAUCUUGCCACGAAUACGCCACAAGAGGCUCCUCCUACUCUUGGCAAAGGUGCUCUCUUUGCUGAUGCCAUGGGCCUUGGAAAAACAUUAACAAUGAUUUCGUUGAUCAUUGCUACCAAGCCCGAUGUCCCCAAGAAUUUCUCCAAUGCCACCUUAGUCGUUGUUCCUUUAUCCGUCCUGUCCAACUGGGAGAAGCAAAUUCAAGAUCACUGUGUUGAGGGCACUUUGACAUAUUGUAGCUACUACGGCGCCCAGCGUGCGCAGCUGGGUGCUCAAGCUCUCGCGAGUCAUGAUGUCGUUUUCACUACAUAUCAAACCGUGGCCGGUGAGCACGAUCAUCCUAGAACUCAACCUGCCAACAAGAAAAAGAAGGCAGAAAAGGCGUUGUUUGGGGUCUAUUUGCAGCGUGUCAUCCUUGAUGAAGGUCACUCAAUUCGGAACCCAAAGGCCAAAAUGAGUCAAGCGGUGUGUGCACUUGAAGCUGAUAGGCGCUGGGUGCUCACUGGAACUCCCAUUAUCAAUUCACCGAGAGUAAUAUUUGACCUUCAUUCCUCUUGUUCACGCACUUACAACAGUCACCAGGACCUGGGCUCUUUGCUGACCUUUCUUCGAAUUUGCCGUCCGCUUGACAAUGCAGAUUUUUUCAAACGGCUUCUCUUAAGACCUUUGAAAGACGGGAUCCCAUCUGGCGCAGGACUUUUAAGAGCUCUCAUGAGCCACGUCUGCCUAAGACGCACGAAAGAGAUGCAAGACGGCGCAGGAAAUCCGUUGGUACCUUUGCCUCCGGUCGAAAUUAUCAAAAUUCCUGUCACACUGAGUGAUGAAGCAAGAAGCUUGUAUGAAGAAGUCGAACGCUUGUCAGGGCAGAAAUUCGAAGCUUUGAUGCACGGAGACUCUCAUGCUGUGAUGCAGUCCAAUGCUUUGAGCAUGCUGACUCGUAUGCGCCAACUUGCCUUACAUCCUGCGCUGUUGCCUCGUGAUUACUUGGAACAGUUGAAGCAGAUCGAUGUUGGAAAAUCCAACAAUAUUGAUCUCACCCCUGAAUUGAAACAGCGACUGCAAGCUCGCCUUUCUCAAGCUAUUGAGGAAUGCGAGGAGUGCCCAAUCUGUUUCUCGGUGCCUGUUGAGGCCGAAAUAAAGAUCACUAGUUGCGCCCACGUUUUCUGUUUCCCUUGUAUCAAAGAAGCUAUUACUCGAGAUUCAAAAUGUCCCAUGGAUCGCCGUGCUCUGAGCCUCAAAGAUCUUCACGAUCCAUUACCUCCGAUGGACAUGACACAACCUUCCUUCCGCUCUCAAGGUGAUGAAAUCGAAGAGGGAAUCCGCAACGCGCCUUCUGCUAAAAUCGAGCAAUUGGUACAACUUCUCAAGCUGACACCGAAUGGGGAAAAAUCCAUUGUCUUUUCUCAAUUCACAAGCUUUCUUGACAAAAUCGCUGAAGCAUUUGAAGAACGAGGGAUCACUUACGUCCGGUUCGAUGGGCAAAUGUCUGCAAAGCGCAGGGCAGAUGCCAUUGCUCGUUUUUCGGUUCCUUUGGAAAGUAUCCCAACCGUACAGGUACCGCAAGAAAUAUCUACCUCAGCCGUUGCAUCGCGGUCGCGUCGAGCCUCGCGUAAUGCAUCCUACAAUGUCGAUCCUACGGAGGAUGAUGACGACGAAGAUUUCGUGAUGCCUUCUGCGGACAAUAAUUAUUCAGAUGACGACGAAGUUACAGCUGCGGCUACCUGGAAGAGCAAAGGUAAAGGUAAAGCGAAGCGGACACAGGGAGAUAGUGAAAACGAAGACCACUUUUCAUUUGGAGACACCCAGAACCAAAACAAUCCACCAGUCAUGCUCAUUUCCUUAAAAGCUGGAGCAUUAGGACUCAAUCUCACAGUUGCGAAUAAUGAUGGAUCCGAGGGCAUCGAAAGUCAAGCCAUAGAUAGGGUUAAUCGUAUUGGCCAAACAAAGCCUGUUCAUGUUUAUCAGCUAAUUGCCGAGGAUACGGUUGAGUCAAAGGUUCUUGAAAUCCAAGAUCGUAAGAAGAUACUCAUCAAAGAGGCGUUCUCAGGAGUCAAGAGAACGGAAACUGAACGACAGCAUCGCGAGGCAAGGUUGCAAGAUCUCAUACAGCUCUUUGGAGUCAGACAGCAAGAGGCUACACAAAGAUCGGCUUCGCACUGA